UUGACAAUUGUAUUCACUUUUCCUUCUGGAAGCAGAAAAACAUUAGCCAUCAACAUGUGUAGGGUAUUGGCUGCAUUGCCUAGUAUCUCCAUUGAGAGGGUCAAAGAAUUGAAGGUUCGCCUAGGACAAUUUCUGCACAAAUCAGAAGCCAUCAACGAAUGUGACAGUCUUUCUCCUGUCAAACAAGAUAAACUGACAAAAAUGGUCCAAGCUAGUGCUGAGGACACACAAGGAAGUCAGUUCUUCGAGAAGCUCCUGGCUAACAAACGUGCCGUGGCUGCAUUCCGAGCCUUCCUUUGCUCUGAGUUCAGUGAGAAGAACAUUGACUUCUGGCUUGCCUGUGAGGACUACAAGAACACAAAGACCACCUCCAAGCUUGUGUUCAAAGUCCAAAAGAUUUAUGAUGAGUUUGUCAAAGUCCAGGCACCAAAGGAGGUGAACCUUGACUCACUGACCAGGAAAACUGUGUCCAGGAACUUGGCCAAUCCCAACAACUCCUGCUUCCAGGUUGCCCAGGAGAGAACGUACAUUUUGAUGGAGAAAGAUUCCUUUCCUAGGUUCCUGAAAUCAAACCUUUUCUUCAAUUUGCUUAAAUACCUGUAAAAAAUGAGAUUUCCUACCACAGGUUAGAUCCUUCCAUGUGUCAACCCAUUCACCAUUUCACUUUUCAAGCACUUGUUCCAGUUUUGCUUCAUUUAGUCAAACUAUGUAGACGCCUCAGUAACCAUUUUGAGAUACCCAGGCUUACCUUAGGAAUGGGCCAUCUCUCAUGCUGGGGCGAUGAUUGAGAGAUAAUUGUGAUCCAACCACAUCCUGUCCUAGACUCAAGAAAGGUUGAACGGUUGCACAGUCUUAAAAACCCAUGUAGUUAAGCCUUGAGAUAUACCCACAAUUGCAUUGUUUGUGCCAUAUACAAAAAUUGAUGACAAGUUUAGCACCUGUCAAUAUAAUUAAAGUGCACACUGAAAUGACUUUAAAUGACUGAUGCUGGUAAUAGUUAUUGAAAUUUUGUAGGUCGAUGUUGAGGGCAGUCUCAUAAAGAAUCCAGAAAUGGCCCCAUUGGCCUCAGCAACCUGGAAAUGAUUUCAACAUCAUUUGACUAACUUCAAUCUACAGAAAGGAUCCCAAGCUUCCUGUUACCCACUGCUUCAAAACACAACUUUCCUAGCCAACAUCUCUGCCUCAGGCUUACGACAGUGCUCCAGGUCAACCCUCACUGGAAGGCAGCAGCUUAUUUUCUUCAGCCUUCUGGACUGAAUGUCAAGUUCAAUAAUUUUAGGCCCUAUGCACCUUAACCCCUACACACCAGGCCUUGUUUUCACCUGGGCUGCUACCACUGCUCACAAUUCCGUGUCAGUCAUUAAUGGUCUCCAUUAGUCGCUAUCGAUACUCCCAGGUUGACAUUUACAUUUUCCUUUUUUGCCUCAACUGAUGUUUUCUCUCUCUCUCCCUCUGACCUCCAUUUCCAUCUAUUGUUUCCUUCUUCCCACACCCCGAACAACAUCGUCAGCAUAAAUAUCAAUAUUUUCCUCACAACAAAUCAAUUCUAAAGAAGGAUCACUAGGCCCAAAAUGUGAACUACUUUAAUCACCACAGAUGCUGCCAGACCUCCUGAAUCUUUUCCAUCAAUUUCCAUCUGCAUUCUUAUUUAACUAGCAAGGUUGGUCUGUUGGAGACCAUCAGCAGUUGCUCAUCUUCAAAUCAUUGCCUGGUUCAGUGUCAUUCUGUCAAAACAAUCGCAGGUUGGGAUGCUGGACAAAAUGGCUGCCAUAAACAAAUCCUACCAUUUUGGCUGGCAAAGGGCGGGGGCUGGUGUCAAGAACAAAGAACAAGAAAAUUACAGCAUAGAGACAGGCACAUUGGCCCUCCAAGCCUGCACCGAUCGAGAUCCUUUGUCUAAACAUGUUAUCUAUUUUCUAAGGGUCUGUAUCCCAUUGCUCCCUGCCCAUCCAUGUAUCUGUCCAAAUACAUCUUAAAAGACACUAUCUUUCGUGUUUCUGUCUACCGCCUCUGCUGGCAAUGCGUUCAAGGUACCCACCACCCUCUGCGUAAAGAACUUUCCACGCAUAAAGUUUACUCCCACUGUCCCUGACUGAGGGAAAAUCUUUCAAUUGCUGAGCUAAACAGUUCUCCAUUUUGAGGCCUAAGCAACAGCAGUGGCAAUUGCAGCUGAUCUUUGCCUCAGUAGCUAACAGGCAUCAUUGAAGCCAAAGGUGAGAGUGAUGAAGGCAUUAUGUUAUGACACACUUUGUAAACUACAGAUCACAUUCGCUCCAGUUAGCCACACCAGCAACAACUUGAGAUGCACAGCCCAUUAUCAGCCACUAAUGGUCUCCAUUAGCAGUGACUGAUUCUCCCAGGCUGACCUUUAGGUGUUCCUUUGUCUGCCCAACUGCUCUUUGGGCUCCGUCUCCAUCCAUCACAUCCUCCUUCACACUCCCUCCACAUCAUCUUCAGCAUAAACACCCUCCUUUGCCUAGUUCUGAGGCAAGGUCAUUCGACCCCAAAACGUUAACUGAUUUCUUUCCACAGAUGCUGCCAGGCCUGCUGAGCUUUCCAGCAAUUUCUACGUUUGUUUCUGAUUGAAAGCAUCUAUAGUUCUUUCGGUUUUUAUUUAGCGCUUUUCGAACGAAUUCGUUCGCGCCGGCAUUUAACAAAGGAGGUGGGUCCGUUGGAGGCCUUUAUCACCACACCGUUGCUAGUCUUCAAUCAUUGGCUGGUUAUUAUGUCAUUCAGUUGAAACCACUUUAGAAUUGGUCGAAGAGUACCCCGCCUCUCCCCAUCGGCAAAUUAACGGACAUCACCUCAGGUUGGAGCGACAGACAAAAUGGCUGCCAUGAGCCAAAUGAGCUGUCUGGGAAUGCGUGACGGUUGACAGUUUAAAUUUAUUCCCAUUGUGCCUGACUGAGGGAAACGCGUAGGAAAUUUUGUUAAAUGCUGAGGUUGACGGUUCUCUGUUUUGAGACCUAAGAAUCAGUGAUGGUCUUUGCCUCAGUGGCUAACGGGCGUCGUUGAAGCCGAGGGUGAGUGAUGGUGGCAUCGUGUUGAGAGACGCUUUGCUGUUCACGUUUGCCUCGUGCGCACACUCCGGCAGCCAAUUUGACACCACCUGAGGAACACGCACUCUCUCAUGUUGCUGGGAAUGGUGUGUGCGAUUUCAAUGAAAUCAGAGGUUGAAGGGCUUUUUAAAAAGUGUGGCAACCACAUGUAUGCGUGGAAAAAUUUUAUUGUUGAGAGC